AUGGCAGCAUCACCAAAGCUGGUUUGUCUAGUGUUAUUGACAGCCACGAUAGUGAAUAUUGUGAUAACUGUAGAAGCUGGACCUUGGUGCGUGGUGAGGAGCGGGGCUAGCUACCAGAACCUGCAGCAAGGAAUGAAUUAUGCAUGUGCAAGUGGUGCUGACUGCGGUCCUAUUAGGCCUGGAGGAUCAUGCUUUAAUCCAAACACCAUUCAAAAUCAUGCUUCCUAUGCCUACGACAGCUACUAUCAGCGCCAUGGCAAAGCCCCUGGAACUUGUGAUUUUGGUGGCACUGCCACCAUUGCCAUAACAGAUCCCAGCUUUGGAGCUUGCAGGUACCCAGGUUCUCUAAGGACUGAUGGAGAAGCAAGUACAACAAUGAACAACUCAAACUAG